AGACGGGGUGUGUGCGUGGGUCCGCGGCAGUCGGAGUGAGUGCGAGGGACCCACCGAGCCCCUCCACGAAGCCUGGCUUCCAGCCCCCCAUGCUUUCGCGCUCUGCUGGCGUAGCGUAGGUUCUACGCCAGGGUAAGUUGUCCGACUUCCCUGAGCGUCGUUUUUCUUAUCUGAACCGUGGGAACGCUAACACUACCUCCGUCCUAGAGGUGACUUGAUGCUUACGUUAGCUUCUCAGCCCGAAGGGUCUGGCAAAUACUCCGUACUGCUCUGGCCCACGACGUGCGUACUGCUGUGUGCCAAAGGCUCUGUAACGCCUAGUAACCCAUCGGUUAUUAGGGUGUCCAAGGAGGCAGCGGGAUUAUUGACUCCGUACCUCCUUUGAGAACAUUUCCGUCCUUUCCACUGUUGGUUGAGUUUGGGACCAGCUGCACCCAACCACUGUGCCAGUGAGUGGAAUAAGCAGGGAGAACUUUGUGACAGAACCGAUCGGAGGUAGUGAACUCCUUGUCCCUGAAGGCUGCUUGCAGCAAGCAACUGGUAGUGACUGGCCAUGUCACUGUCCCACCUGUACCGGGAUGGGGAAGGCCAUGUGGAUGACGAUGAUGAUGAGCGGGAGAAUUUUGAGAUCACCGACUGGGAUCUCCAGAAUGAAUUUAACCCCAACCGGCAGCGCCACUGGCAGACCAAGGAAGAGGCCACCUAUGGAGUGUGGGCAGAGAGAGACUCAGAUGAAGAGAGGCCGAGCUUUGGAGGCAAACGGGCCCGUGACUACUCCGCGCCAGUCAACUUCAUCAGUGCAGGCCUCAAGAAAGGGGCAGCAGAGGAGGCUGAGCUGGAAGAUUCAGAAGAUGAAGAGAAGCCUGUUAAGCAGGAUGACUUUCCUAAGGAUUUUGGACCCAAGAAGUUAAAGACGGGUGGCAAUUUUAAACCCAGCCAGAAAGGCUUUGCAGGAGGAACCAAGUCUUUCAUGGAUUUUGGCAGCUGGGAAAGACACACAAAAGGCAUUGGACAGAAGCUUCUUCAGAAAAUGGGCUAUGUCCCUGGCAGGGGCCUCGGGAAGAACGCACAAGGUAUCAUUAACCCCAUCGAAGCCAAGCAGAGAAAGGGAAAAGGUGCCGUGGGAGCUUAUGGCUCAGAGCGGACCACUCAGUCCCUGCAAGACUUCCCUGUGGUUGACUCCGAAGAAGAAGCAGAAGAGGAGUUUCAGAAGGAGCUGAGCCAGUGGAGGAAAGACCCCAGCGGAAGUAAGAAGAAGCCCAAAUACUCCUACAAGACAGUGGAAGAGUUGAAGGCCAAGGGCAGGAUUAGUAAGAAGCUCGCUGCCCCCCAGAAGGAGCUUUCUCAGGUCAAGGUCAUCGACAUGACCGGCCGGGAGCAGAAGGUCUACUACAGCUAUAGCCAGAUCAGCCACAAGCACAAUGUCCCUGAUGACGGGCUGCCACUGCAGUCCCAGCAGCCUCCACAGCCUGGCAAAGAGGCCAAGACUCCGGGCUUCGCGCUGCCUGAGCUGGAGCACAACCUGCAGCUGCUCAUCGACCUCACAGAGCAGGAGAUCAUCCAGAGCGACCGGCAGCUGCAGUAUGAGCGGGACAUGGUGGUCAAUCUGUCGCAUGAGCUGGAGAAGAUGUCGGAGGUCCUAGAGCACGAGGAGCGGGUCAUUGCCAACCUCAGCAAGGUCCUCGAGAUGGUAGAGGAGUGCGAGCGGCGUCUGCAGCCUGGCUGCAGCGACCCCCUCACCCUAGACGAGUGCGCCCGCAUCUUUGAGACCCUGCAAGACAAGUACUACGAGGAGUACAGGAUGUCUGACCGCGUGGACCUGGCCGUGGCCAUUGUCUACCCACUCAUGAAGGAGUACUUCAAGGAGUGGGACCCGCUGAAGGACUGUACUUAUGGCACCGAGGUGAUCUCCAAGUGGAAGAGUCUCCUGGAGAAUGACCAGCUCUUAUCCCAUGGUGGGCAGGACCUGUCGGCAGAUGCCUUUCACAGGCUGAUAUGGGAAGUCUGGAUGCCUUUUGUUCGAAAUAUUGUCACCCAGUGGCAACCAAGGAACUGUGACCCGAUGGUGGACUUUUUGGACAGCUGGGUGCACAUUAUUCCCGUGUGGAUCUUAGAUAACAUCCUGGACCAGCUCAUCUUCCCCAAGCUGCAGAAAGAGGUGGAAAACUGGAACCCGCUGACAGACACUGUGCCCAUCCACUCCUGGGUCCACCCGUGGCUGCCCCUCAUGCAAGCGCGCCUGGAGCCCCUUUACUCCCCCAUCCGCAGCAAGCUGUCCAGCGCCUUGCAGAAGUGGCACCCCAGCGACUCCUCUGCCAAGCUCAUCCUCCAGCCCUGGAAAGACGUCUUCACUCCAGGCUCCUGGGAAGCGUUCAUGGUCAAGAACAUAGUGCCCAAGCUGGGGAUGUGUCUUGGGGAAUUGGUCAUUAACCCCCACCAGCAGCAUAUGGAUGCGUUUUACUGGGUCAUCGACUGGGAAGGCAUGAUCUCUGUGUCUAGCCUGGUAGGGCUGCUCGAGAAGCACUUCUUCCCCAAGUGGCUUCAGGUGCUGUGCUCUUGGCUCAGUAACAGUCCGAAUUAUGAGGAGAUCACCAAGUGGUACCUGGGUUGGAAGUCCAUGUUCUCAGACCAAGUGCUGGCACACCCAUCUGUCAAGGACAAAUUUAAUGAAGCAUUGGACAUCAUGAAUAGGGCGGUGUCCUCCAAUGUUGGUGCCUACAUGCAGCCCGGAGCGCGGGAGAACAUAGCCUACCUCACGCACACGGAGCGGAGGAAGGACUUCCAGUACGAGGCCAUGCAGGAGCGACGAGAGGCUGAGAACAUGGCCCAGAGGGGCAUCGGCGUGGCUGCCAGCUCUGUGCCCAUGAACUUUAAGGACCUCAUUGAGACCAAGGCCGAGGAGCACAACAUUGUUUUCAUGCCAGUCAUUGGGAAGCGACACGAAGGGAAGCAGCUCUACACCUUUGGCCGCAUCGUCAUCUACAUCGACCGGGGAGUGGUGUUUGUCCAGGGUGAGAAGACCUGGGUGCCCACCUCCCUGCAGAGCCUGAUCGACAUGGCCAAGUAGAGGGGGAAGGCUGGACCUUGCAUCGGAGAGGGGACAUGGUCCUGAAUAAACCGUAUUUUAAACCGCCUCUGAAA